AAAUUAACACAAUCAUGUCUUACGGUGAAAGUGAGUAUGGUGGAAGUGGAAUUGAAUCUGAUGAAACCGGGUAUGGAAAUCGAUCCGAAUACGGAAAACCCAAAAAGACACAUGGAUCUGGAUAUGGACGGAACGACGAUGAUGAGCCCAAAUCUGAAUAUGGAUCGGGUUACGGGUCAAAAAAUACUACUAAUGACUCCGAUGAUCAGUACGGGUCAGGUGGAUAUGGGAGCAAAACCGGAUCCGGUGGGUAUGGAAAGAAAAGUGAAUACGAGGAUAAGAGUUCGGAAUAUGGAAAUGAAUCGGGUGGAUAUGGGAGUAAAACCACAUCCACCGGGUUUGGAGAUGAAUCGGGUGGGUAUGGGAGUAAAACCACAUCCACUGGGUAUGGAAAUGAAUCGGGUGGGUAUGGGAGUAAAACCACAUCCACCGGGUUUGGAGAUGAAUCGGGUGGGUAUGGGAGUAAAACCACAUCCACCGGGUUUGGAGAUGAAUCGGGUGGGUAUGGGAGUAAAACCACAUCCACCGGGUUUGGAGAUGAAUCGGGUGGGUAUGGGAGUAAAACCACAUCCACCGGGUUUGGAGAUGAAUCGGGUGGGUAUGGGAGUAAAACCACAUCCACCGGGUUUGGAGAUGAAUCGGGUGGGUAUGGGAGUAAAACCACAUCCACCGGGUUUGGAGAUGAAUCGGGUGGGUAUGGGAGUAAAACCACAUCCACCGGGUUUGGAGAUGAAUCGGGUGGGUAUGGGAGUAAAACCACAUCCACCGGGUUUGGAGAUGAAUCGGGUGGGUAUGGGAGUAAAACCACAUCCACCGGGUUUGGAGAUGAAUCGGGUGGGUAUGGGAGUAAAACCACAUCCACCGGGUUUGGAGAUGAAUCGGGUGGGUAUGGGAGUAAAACCACAUCCACCGGGUUUGGAGAUGAAUCGGGUGGGUAUGGGAGUAAAACCACAUCCACCGGGUUUGGAGAUGAAUCGGGUGGAUAUGGGAGUAAAACCACAUCCACCGGGUAUGGAUCAGGGAACAUAAGAAAGAGUGGUGAUGGUGAUGAUGAUGAUGAAGGGAAAAAAUCAGCAUACGGGUCAAGUUAUGGGCGAAAGACCGAUUCUGAUGAGUAUGGAUCUAGUGGGUAUGGGAAAAAGAGCGAAGGGUACGGGAGUUCAACGAUUGAGAGACCUAGUUAUGGUAGGUCCGAGGAAGAUGACUACAAGAAGCCUAGCUAUGGGAAGGGGGAAGACGAUGAUGAAAGCUAUGGUCGCAAGAAAUACGGUGAUUCUGACUCUGACUCUGGCUCUGACAAGGAGAGGAAGAAAAAUCGUCGCAAAAAGCACACCGACGAUGAUUGAGCAGAGUGAUUUUGUCAAAUGUGAUCGAUUCAUGUGUUAUUAGAAGUUAUUAGUAGUAAAUAAAAUAAAGUUGGCAUGUCUUCACAGUGUUUUAUUGUUACAUUGCAAAAACACUGAUGAUUGAGCAGAGAUGCUUUUGUCAUCCGCUCCA